CUUCCAGUUCCGGGGUGAGUGACCAUCAGCCUGCAAGCAGGAGAAAGGUUAAAGUUUGUGUGGAUGUAGUGUCUGUGGAGUGCUGUGAUGCCCCUGGAGGUCAGAUGGCCAUUCCCACAAUGCCCUGCUUUGGCAUGGAGGAUCUCCGGCUCGCUGGUUAUGGGCAUGGUGGGCUCCUAUUCCUACUUCUGGACCAAGUACAUGAACUACCUGACGGUCCACAAUCAAGAUGUUUUGCUGGACCUGAUUGACCAGCGGCCCUCGGACACACCUCUCAUUACUCUGUCCAAUCACCAGUCCUGUAUGGAUGACCCGCAUAUCUGGGGUGUCUUAAAGCUCAGGCAGCUGUGGAACUUCAACAAGAUGCGGUGGACUCCUGCAGCAUCUGACAUCUGCUUCACAAGAGAGCUUCACUCCAGGUUCUUCAGCCGUGGAAAGUGUGUACCCGUCGUCAGAGGCGAUGGUGUUUACCAGAAAGGCAUGGAUUUUAUUCUUGACAAACUAAACAGAGGAGAAUGGGUGCACAUUUUUCCAGAGGGUAAAGUCAACAUGACAGAAGAAUUUGUGCGGUUAAAAUGGGGUGUGGGUCGGUUGAUAGCAGAGUGCUCUCUUAAUCCCAUCAUUCUGCCGCUCUGGCAUGUGGGUUUUAGUGAUGUUCUGCCGAAUGUGAAGCCUUACAUUCCUCAGGCUGGCAAGAGAAUCACAGUCCUGGUGGGGAAACCGUUCAAUGUGAAGGAUAUCGUUGAAUCCCUCCGAGCUGAGAACAAGAGCCAAAUGGAAAUGAGGAAGACUUUGACCGACUUCAUCCAAGGGGAGUUUCGGAGCCUGAAAUCCCAGGCGGAGGCACUCCACAGGGAGAUCCAGACCAAAUCAUGAGUCCCAGCUGACCCACGUCAGCCUGCAACACUCCUCACAGCCAACAAGACUGAAGAUUUACCCGAAUGAAGGGUAAAACCUUUACAACCUCAAAUCAACCCACACAAAGGAUUUUAUUCACCUGUUUUUGGUAGCUGCUCUGUUUCUUUUCUCCAUCUAAGUGGUCUUUGGUCCCAGAAACGUCUGAAUGUUUUAGUCAACAUUUUUCCACAUAAGUUAUGGAGUCAGGAUCAAAGCGAUUCAUGCUGAGGCAAAACUGUAAUUGUUUUAAAAAACAGGCGUAAUUUUUUAUUUUAAGACAGCUUCUCCAUCUUUAGUUUUUCAAAUCAAAAUAUCUGCCUGAAAGAGGACAACAGGUUUGUAAAAUGAACUCGAUUGAUGGACUUAAGUUACUUGAAUUAACACCAGAAAAUGCUGUUUGAUCUUCAGGAAGCCAGUCUAGAAUGUCAGGUCAGACGGUGGUAGCUGAUUUCUGCAGUCAGUUUGGCAUAACUGUUGCUGAUUUAACUGGAAAAUUGAGCUUCAGUUAUUUCGCCUUUGUACGUUCAACCUACAAUCAGAGUCUGAGUUAUUAGGAUAUUUGAACUCUGAGUCUAGGUUUUUUUUGUUUUUUCAGAUGCAUUUUUUGGAUCCACAAUAUAUAACCUGCACAGAAACCUUGCACACCAAGUCUGAUGCAAUUUUUUUGACAAAGCAUGGGAUCGUAUUUCCUUUUAACAUGUUGCAAUUGCAGACUUCCUGUGCAAAGGUCCUUAUUGCCCAUAUUUGAUUAUUGAAUGCCUAAAGAUUUAUGUGAUGUGCCAAUGCUGAAAGUUUUGUAUCUGAAAUGUUUGUGGAAAUUUCAAUAGUUCUUCUAGACGGGUGGUUUUCAAACACCUAGAUGAAGCCAAAAUCCCAAGGCACCAUAUUCACAACCAUGCAGAAUAGUCUUUUUAGUUUUCAGGCGCAGCUGUGGGCCUCAACCACUGGUAUAAAAUACGACAACAAAAUUCUGCUUUUUUCAUAAUUCAUGUUUUCAAAAAGUACUGAAACUUUUUUAAUAAGACAGAAAUAAUCCACCAUGAAUUUGCAGGCUAACUCUUGGUCAUUGUCUAAAGUUUACAAAAACACUGGCAGCAUUUAGGUACCAAAACAUAGCCAAUAUUUAUCUGCAAUUUAGUCAGUCUAGGUGCAGUUUGACUGCAAUUUUGGUAAUGAAAACUAAGAAAUUACCAAAUAUUGGUCACCUGGACCUUCUAUUUUUGUUUCAGUGUUAUCAAACCGGUGUUGAUAUCGUUUGAUAUUUACUAGAGUUAAAUGAAAAUUUUACUUUUUUUUUUUUUUUAAUUUUAUUUUUUUUUACCCGGCAACCCGUCAUCAUGCAGCAAGGUGCAAAGUAAGGUUAUAAAAGUAUUUGUCAGUUUUUUAUCCAAGAGAUUAGAAUUAAAACCAAGAGUUUUACAUUACCUAAACAUACUGGAAAUGUAGUUUAUUUACUAGUUUAAAUGCUAGAAUGUUAAAAUAAGCAGUACAAAAGAGGAAAACUUGUUAAAUGUAAUGUCAACAUUUGCAUCAGUAGGUAAGUAUUGAUAUUUUUUUCGAAGAGAUCUUCACUCAAAGCUGAUGUUUGCUUUUUAUACUAAAUAUUAGUAUGCAUAAUUAUAAAGUGACAGAGAUUUAUAGUAAGAGUAUGAUCCAAAAAUUAGUACAGAAUUUCAUUGCACUUCAGUUUUCCCUUUUUUCCCCUCUAGAUUUGGACUUUUUUAAAUGUCUUGGUAGCUUAAUAUUACAAUAACAAUGAAUGCAUUUCUCAAUAUUACAAGUGACUGACUAAGAUAUCAACAAUAACAAGAUAAAUAAAUCAAGAUCUCUAGAAAUGUAUCAGAAUUGACUCGUUAUUCCAGAGCAACAGAGUAAAAUAAAUGUGGGUGCAUGUUCUCUUCAGGUUUCCGUAGAAACUCAACCCCUUACUGCAUGAUAAGUUUGACAGCUGUCUACAGAAAGUGACUGUUAGCAUAGUGUUACUCUACUUCUGUAUGUUUUUAUGAAGUUCAUGCUGCUUUAAACCCGUCAGCUGUGGUAUUUUUCCACAGCAUCGAUCUUCAGUCAGGUUGAGAAUAAUUUCUCAGAAUUGUAGAUAUUUUUCUUUCCAGAUAAAGUUAUAAAAUCCACUGUUUUCUUUCUGUAGAUCCUUCUUGAUUCCUCCCCUGUUUCUGAUGUAAAUAAAUUAUUUAAUCAGAGAUCAAUGGCUUUUAUAAGGAAGAAAAGGCCAAGGCUCAGAGAUCUGUGGUUAUUUUAUUAAUGUGAUGCCUUACUGUGAAUGCCACUCUUUCCUACUGUACACUCUGUGAAUGCCCAUAAAAGUAUUUGACUUUU